GAGCUAGAAUCACAACGAGAGCGUCUAAGGAAGAAGAUUGAAAUCGCAACGAGAGAUAUAGUCAAGUUGAAAAGGGAGAAGGAGGAGGCAGAAAGUGAUAUGCGUAAACUGAUGAGCUGUGAGAUGUUACGACGUGAUCUAGAAAAAGAAGUGGAGGCCGCGGAGUCUGAACUAAUUAAGACUUAUGCCUUGAAUGGACCGAAUUAUGUGACCGAACUGCAGGAAAAGAUUGAAAAGGACGAACGCGAGCUCAAGGAGCUCAAAGAAUCUUCGGCUAAUACACGUGAACGAGAACAAGCUCGGUUAGAUGCAGCCCAGAUGGAAUCAACAAAGUUACGUUGUGAGUUGGAUGCCACCUCUGCUACUAUAGAAUCGCUCAAACGUGAGAUGAGCGGCAUUGAAAGAAAGUUGAAAGAUGCAGCUGCAUCAAGCCAUGAGGUUGCUGAGUUAUCUGAGAAAAUCAAAAACGUUGAGACAAGGCUGUCAGCUAUGCCCGAUGUUGACGAAAAAAGGGGUGAAGGACUGCGAAAGAAGCGCCAACGACUGCAGAAAGAGGUUGAGGCUUUACGGCAAACUUGCUCGAAAGCCGAAGAAUUCGAAGAGAUUGAGCGCGAAGUAGAGAGAAAAGCCAAUAAGAAGGAAGAGCUAGAUAACGAAUUGAAUGCUCUUUUGGAGAAGCAUGCAGACGCGUUCGUUGCAAGUUUUGGAAAGAAGACAAAUGGGCCAUGGAGGUAUUAA